GUGACCACUGCCCUGGAGAGAAGACAGAAAGAGGACAGAGGCCCCGGGCUGCAGCCAGUGGGAGGAGAGCUAUUAGCCCCCUGCCAGACUGGCCAGCUGUGGAAACCCAGCCCAGCUUGCAGCAAAGCAGAGGGGCCCACCCUGUUCUUCCUCAUUUCCCACCCUCGGUGUGGGAUUGGGGGACUCCUGGGACAGACCCCUGGCCAAUUCCCCUUCUGGGCAGAGUGUGAAGCUCAGGAGCUGAGGCCCCUGCUCACCUGCUUCCGGGGCCAGACCCCCAGUGCCCACUCAGGGGGUCCAGCUCUGUGGAGAUGCCGGCGGCACGUCGGUUCCCUGGCCUGGAGCUCUCCUUCCCUCUCCUGGCCAGACUGCGGCGACGCCUGUACACAGCUGGAGUGCAACGACGCCAUCUCAGCUCAAUGCAGCCUCUACCUCCCGGGUUCAAGUGAUUCCAGGUUUCUCCAUGUUGGUCAGGCUGGUCUGGAACUCAGGAGAUCCGCCCACCUUGGCCUCCCAAAGUGCUGGGAUUACAGAGGCUCGGAGGCGGCAGCAUGCAGCCAGAGGAGGGCACAGGCUGGCUGCUGGAGCUGCUGUCCGAGGUGCAGCUGCAACAGUACUUCCUGCGGCUCCGAGACGACCUCAACGUCACCCGGCUGUCCCACUUUGAGUAUGUCAAGAAUGAGGACCUGGAGAAGAUUGGCAUGGGCCGGCCUGGCCAGCGGCGGCUGUGGGAGGCCGUGAAGAGGAGGAAGGCCUUAUGCAAACGGAAGUCGUGGAUGAGCAAGGUGUUCAGUGGAAAGCGACCAGAGGCUGAGUUCCCCCCUCAACACUCUCAGAGCACCUUCCGGAAGACCUCGCCCAUCCCUGGGGUCCCAGCAGGGGAGGGGCCCCUGCAGAGCCUCACCUGCCUCAUUGGGGAGAAGGACCUGCGCCUCCUGGAGAAGCUGGGCGAUGGCUCUUUUGGCGUUGUGCGCAGAGGCGAGUGGGACGCGCCCUCAGGGAAGACGGUGAGUGUGGCUGUGAAGUGCCUGAAGCCCGAUGUGCUGAGCCAGCCAGAAGCCAUGGACGACUUCAUCCGGGAGGUCAACGCCAUGCACUCGCUGGACCACCGAAACCUCAUUCGCCUCUAUGGGGUGGUGCUCAUACCACCCAUGAAGAUGGUGACAGAGCUGGCACCUCUGGGAUCGCUGUUGGACCGGCUACGUAAGCACCAGGGCCACUUCCUCCUGGGGACUCUGAGCCGCUACGCUGUGCAGGUGGCUGAGGGCAUGGGCUACCUGGAGUCCAAGCGCUUUAUUCACCGUGACCUGGCUGCCCGCAAUCUGCUGUUGGCUACCCGCGACCUGGUCAAGAUCGGGGACUUUGGGCUGAUGCGAGCGCUGCCCCAGAAUGACGACCAUUACGUCAUGCAGGAACAUCGCAAGGUGCCCUUCGCCUGGUGUGCCCCUGAGAGCCUGAAGACACGUACCUUCUCCCAUGCCAGCGACACCUGGAUGUUCGGGGUGACACUGUGGGAGAUGUUCACCUACGGCCAGGAGCCCUGGAUCGGCCUCAAUGGCAGUCAGAUCCUGCAUAAGAUUGACAAGGAGGGGGAGCGGCUGCCUCGGCCCGAGGACUGCCCCCAGGACAUCUACAAUGUCAUGGUCCAGUGCUGGGCUCACAAGCCAGAGGACAGACCUACGUUUGUGGCUCUGCGGGACUUCCUGCUGGAGGCCCAUCCCACUGACAUGCGGGCCCUUCAGGACUUUGAGGAGCCGGACAAGCUGCACAUCCAGAUGAAUGACGUCAUCACUGUCAUCGAGGGAAGGGCCGAGAACUACUGGUGGCGUGGUCAGAACACGCGGACGCUGUGUGUGGGGCCUUUCCCUCGCAACGUGGUGACCUCCGUGGCUGGCCUGUCCGCCCAGGACAUCAGCCAACCCCUGCAGAACAGCUUCAUCCACACGGGGCAUGGUGACAGCGACCCCCGCCACUGCUGGGGCUUCCCAGACAGGAUCGAUGAGCUGUAUCUGGGAAACCCCAUGGACCCCCCGGACCUGCUGAGCGUGGAACUGAGCACCUCCCGGCCCACCCAGCAUCUAGGAAGGGUGAAAAGGGAGCCUCCACCUCGCCCACCUCAGCCUGCCUUCUUCACUCAGAGUAAGUGGGGCUGCUCCCGAUGCCUUGGCCCCCGCCCCCGCCCCCUCUCUCUCAGUCCUCUCCUGGAAGAACCAACCUAUGACCCUGUGAGCGAGGACCAAGACCCCCUGUCCAGUGACUUCAAGAGGCUGGGCCUUCGGAAGUCAGGCCUGCCCCGAGGGCUGUGGCUGGCAAAGCCCUCAGCGAGGGUGCCAGGCACCAAGGCCGGCCGAGGCAGCGGGGCUGAGGUCACGCUCAUCGACUUCGGUGAGGAGCCCGUGGUCCCGGCCCUGCGGCCCUACACACCCUCCCUGGCGCAGCUGGCCAUGGAUGCCUGCUCUUUGCUAGACAAGACCCCGCCUCAGAGCCCCACGAGGGCGCUGCCCCGGCCCCUGCAUCCCACGCCUGUGGUGGACUGGGACGCACGCCCGCUGCCACCCCCGCCUGCUUAUGACGAUGUGGCCCAGGAUGAGGAUGACUUUGAGGUCUGCUCCAUCAACAGCAGCCUGGUGGGCACAGGGGUCCCUGCUGGACCCAGCCAGGGCGAGACCAACUACGCCUUUGUGCCUGAACAGGCACGGCUGCCCCCUCCCCUGGAGGACAACCUGUUCCUCCUGCCCCAGGGUGGGGGCAAGCCGCCCAGCUCUGCGCAGACCGAGGAGAUCUUCCAGGCUCUGCAGCAGGAGUGCAUGCGGCAGCUGCAGGUUCCGGCCGGAUCCACGGCCCCCUCCCCCAGCCCGGGGGGUGACGACAAGCCCCAGGUGCCCCCUAGGGUGCCCAUCCCCCCUCGGCCAACGCGCCCGCACCUCGACUUGUCUCCAGCCUCCUCAGGCGAGGAGGAGACCGGCCGGUGGCCUGGACCUGCCUCCCCUCCCCGAGUGCCUCCCCGGGAGCCCCUGUCCCCUCCAGGCUCGAGGACACCCAGCCCCCUGGUACCACCUGGCAGCUCCCCACUGCCGCCCCGGCUCUCAAGCUCACCCGGGAAGACCAUGCCUACCACCCAAAGCUUCGCCUCAGACCCCAAGUACGCCACCCCUCAGGUGAUCCAGGCGCCUGGCCCACGGGCCAGUCCCUGCAUCCUGCCCAUCGUCCGGGAUGGCAAGAAGGUCAGCAGCACCCACUAUUACUUGCUGCCUGAGCGCCCGUCCUACCUGGAGCGCUACCAGCGCUUCCUGCGUGAGGCCCAGAGCCCCGAGGAGCCAGCCCCCCUGCCUGUGCCCCUGCUGCUGCCCCCACCCAGCACCCCAGCCCCUGCUGCCCCCACGGCCACCGUUCGGCCGAUGCCCCAGGCUGCCUUGGACCCCAAAUCCAACUUCUCCACCAACAACAGCAACCCAGGGGCCCGGCCACCAGCCCCGAGGGCCACUGCUCGGCCGCCACAGCGGGGCUGCGCUGGGGAUGGGCCAGAGGCGGGCCGGCUGGCAGACAAGGUCCAGAUGCUGCAGGCCACGGUGCAUGGGGUGACCACAGAGGAGUGCCAGGCGGCCCUGCAGAGCCACGGCUGGAGCGUGCAGAGGGCUGCCCAGUAUCUGAAGGUGGAGCAGCUCUUCGGGCUGGGUCUGCGGCCCAGAGGGGAGUGCCACAAAGUGCUGGAGAUGUUCGACUGGAACCUCGAGCAGGCCGGUUGCCACCUUCUGGGCUCCUGGGGCCCUGCCCACCACAAACGGAGUUUCGCUCUUGUUACCCAGGCUGGAGUGCAAUGGCGUGAUCUCGGCUCACCGCAACCUCCGCCUCCUGGGUUCAGGCAAUUCUCCUGCCUCAGCCUCCUGAGUAGCUGGGAUUACAGGCGCUGAGAUGCGUCAGGAGAGCCAGAGGGCCCACCUGAAGGAAUCACCUGAGCCUGUCCAUCCACCAGGGGUGGGAGACACCCCCAUCCAGGCCUGGAGGACCCGCUGCUCCCUGCUGCUCCUGGGACAGAGCAAGGCCAAACAAGGCAUUGGAGGCUGGGAGCCCUGCCCUGCUCAUCCCUCCCGUACCAGCGCUGUCCCUGCACACUUUGGUUCGGCCCUAGUGCCCCAGCCAAGAUGCAGGAAGGAGCCUGGUGAAGACAGGCCUAGGGGCUGCCCCAGCGGGUUCUGGGUAUGACCUGCCUCUGACUCCAGUCCUGGGCCGGGCCUGUGGCUGGAGUAGUGCCCCAGGCCCUGCCCUGGGUGACCAGACUGGGAGGAAAUCAAGCUUGACCUGGGCAAGGAAGAUGUGUUGGCCAGAGAGAAGGGGACCAGCACCCAGCAGGACCUCCUAGGAUUGGGCCCUCUUCCAGGGGGCCCCUGGCAGGCAGUUGGGGUGCCGGGCAGAAUGUGACUGGUGGCCUCAUGGUGGACGUGAAUGGGACUUGGCUGGCCUCAGGAUCUUGUGCCUGGAAAUAGCCUGAGGUGGCUCGGGAAGCAGAGAAAGGGUGUCAGACCAUUCUCUGGCGAGGACCAGGGCCCAAGGCCCCAGGGCUGGAAGGAGACUGAGGGGCAGCCGCCCUGAGGGACGUGAGUGCUUCCUCUUCCACCCAAAUUCCCCGUGCCAUUCCAUGUUUUCCCAGCAGCCUCUGUUGGCAAAGCUGCUGCCCCAGCAUCCGAUACCUGCUUCUUCCAGAGAAAUAAAGUUAGUUCUAUUUUAUGUUA